CGGGACGCGCGCGGCUGGACGCAGGCUCCGCGAUGGUGCUGUCGGCCGCGGACCGGGCGGCAGUGCGCGCACUGUGGAGGAAGCUGGGGAAUAAUGUUGGGAUCUACGCGACCGAGGCCCUGGAGAGGACCUUCACGGCCUUCCCCACCACCAAGACCUACUUCGCCCACUUCGACCUGAGCCCCGGCUCCGCCCAGGUCAAGGCCCACGGCAAGAAGGUGGCCGACGCGCUGACCACCGCUGUGGCCCACAUGGAUGACCUGCCAGGCGCCCUGUCGGCUCUGAGCGACCUGCACGCGCACCAGCUGCGUGUGGACCCCGUCAACUUCAAGUUCCUGGGCCACUGCCUGCUGGUGACCCUCGCCCGGCACUACCCCGGAGACUUCGGCCCCGCCAUGCACGCCUCGCUGGACAAGUUUCUGAGCCACGUGAUCUCGGCGCUGGCCUCCAGCUAUGGCUAGACUCGGAGGGGGUCGUCGCAGGACCCCCCAGCCGCCCCUCCCACGAGUUCCAGAGUUCGAGUAAAGUCCCCGCAAGAAAGCCUCAGCCGGCGCGCGCGUGUUCUCUCUGGGGGCGCGCGCGGGUCUGCGGGGUGGGGGUCUCAGAAACGCCGGAGUCGCACCCCACCGUCGUCAAACCCGGGCGCGCCCCUGGCUGCCCUCUGGGAGCCCCGGGCGGUCGAGGGGAGGAUCAAGUCGCCCCCAACCCCGGCGCCUGAAGCGAGCUUGGGACCCUUGGUAGUGCCCCGGCCGGCGAGCCCCGUACUUCUUCCAGAUCCGGGCACGCGGGGUCGGGACCCUCCGCCUGGCCCCGGACCCGGCCAGAACCGCGAGCAGGGUCCAGCCUCGGCGAAAGUGAGGGAGCGGCACCCCCUGCCGGCGCGGCCCGGGACCUGCGCAGACCUAG